UCCAUCCGUCUACAUUAGCAAUCAUCUUAAACUAGUGACAGACACGAACGAGAAAGCCAAAGCAAAUGAGUUUUAUGCAUUUGGUUUUAAACCCCGGGAACACACUCUGAAUAGACUACAACAAGUCGUGCUAAAGGCCAGACACGUGCGUCAUAUCAAUAUUGCUGCGUGUCUGCAGCUUUGACGAGAGUUUUAGACGACAUUUAUUUGGUGAGGUUUCUCGGUCGGUUUGCCUUUCUGAACUCUUGCAUUGGUGGAUAUUUUUUUAUCUUCUGGUCAGACUGCAAAGAUUCAGGAGAGGAGAAGGACGGAGGGUUCAGGAAAAGUAACUUUAAAUUGGGUCCGUCCUUUCGUCAAACUGCAACAUCGGGGGAAAUCGAACUAUUGGCAAGAUCUGGGGGGACCCGUGACUGCCUCUAGCAUGAUGUCAUACCUCAAACAGCCCCCCUACGCCAUGAACGGCCUGGGGCUGAGCGGUGCAGCCAUGGACCUACUGCACCCGUCCGUCGGAUACCCAGCAACACCCAGAAAGCAGCGGCGGGAAAGAACGACAUUUACGCGCUCACAGCUUGACAUUCUCGAAGCGCUUUUUGCCAAAACUCGUUACCCGGACAUUUUUAUGAGAGAAGAGGUAGCGCUGAAGAUCAACCUUCCCGAGUCCAGAGUUCAGGUGUGGUUUAAGAAUCGUCGUGCUAAAUGUCGACAGCAGCAGCAGAGUGGCAGCAGCACUAAAGCUCGGCCCGUGAAGAAGAAAUCCUCACCCACCCGGGAGAGCACGGGUUCAGAGAGCAGCGGCCAGUUCACCCCUCCUGCCGUCUCCAGCGCUGGCUCUUCCUCCUCCUCUUCCUCAGCCAAUAACACAGGCAUCACUAGCACCUCUACCUCUAUCAGUACUGUCUCAUCAAUCUGGAGCCCUGCCAUUUCUCCUGGCUCCGCACCCCCGUCUGUCUCUCUGCCAGAGCCCGUCGCUCCCUCAAACGCCUCCUGCAUGCAGCGCUCUGUCUCAGGCACGCCCAGCUCCUCCUACCCCAUGCCCUACAACCAGACCACCGGCUACAGCCAGGGCUACCCGACUCCUUCCAGUUCUUACUUCAGCGGAGUGGACUGUGGCUCCUAUCUGGCCCCCAUGCACUCUCACCACCACCCUCAUCAGCUCAGCCCCAUGACAGCGUCGUCCAUGCCCACGCACCCCCACCACCACAUCAGUCAGUCCUCAGGACAUCACCACCACCAUCAUCACCAGGCCUACAGUGGCACUGGCCUGGCCUUCAAUUCUUCUGACUGCCUGGAUUACAAGGAGCAAACGGCCUCCUCCUGGAAGCUCAACUUCAACACUACAGACUGUUUGGACUACAAAGACCAAGCCUCCUGGAGGUUCCAAGUCUUGUGAUCUGAUUAUUUAUUUUUUUAAUGCCCUCCAUUUUCACCAUCUCUCUGUUUUAAUAGUGUGCUGAGUUUAAGGGGGAAAACAUAUGGACUUCCAGAUUUGAACAAAAUAGUUAGUUGUUUAUUUAGAGAAAAGAAAGGGGCAAAACGGCAACGUUUUGGAGGGAAAUUAAAGUUAUUUUCCCUUUCUUUCUUUUUUUCGUCCCUGAAGAGACUUAAAUAGAUCUACUCGACGAGCCAGAGUUCUUGUUCUGAAGUUCUCAUGCCUGAUCUGGAUUACCGUUUUUCUUCACGGGACACUGAGCGCUCAGCGACCGCUUUACCUCCACCUCUCAAACCCUGUACAGCUGUUUCGUUUUCUAAAUAUGGUUAUUUUUUAGGAUGACAGAUUCUAGUCAGCUUAACGGAGCUGAAUUGUGUACAUAUGUAUUUGGGUCAGUUACAUUGACCAUAUUUAGUUGGUGUUACUGGAUUUCAAAUGGUUUAAUAAGACUUUGAAACGACUUUAUGUAAAUCUUUUUCUCAAAUAAUCCAAAGAUCAAGAAUUGGCCGCUGGACUUAUUUGAUAUAACGAAAAUAAUUUUUUGUUACCCUGAAAAAUAAAGAUUCAAAUAAAUAAAUAGGAUUUUAUAUUAAGAACACCGUGUGGAAGAAAAAAGUUUUUUUUUUUUUUUUUUUUUUUUGGAAGGAAAAAAUAAUUAUACGUUGGACAUUUUUAGAGCGGGGGAUAUUUGGCUGUGAUAUUCCAAAUUAAACUAGCAUUUGAAGAUGUGUCGCGGUGAAAGAGCACGGGCAUGAUACAAAUUGUUGGAUGCAUUUAACAGCACUUGAUUUAAUUGCUCUAACCGAAAAAAAAAAAUUAUAAUGUGGAUAAUGAAAUGUGGUUUAAAGAAAAAUUCCCAAAUGCCAGUGAAAUGCUGAAUGUAGCCUAAUGCAGGCGCAGAUCAUUACAUUCAUGUCCGUAAUAAAGAUCAGUUAACUACCAAAAUA